GCCUCGCCUUCUCUCCAAGCACCAAGCAACGCAUCCCUUUUUUUUGCUUUUCUUCAACUCUUCAACCCCUCUGCGGCCAACAUCUCGCCUCCUGCAUCGAACUUUGCAGCUACACCGGCGUCUCUCGUUCCCCCCCCUUCUUCGCCUUCGUCACUCGCUCCCGACCGCAACGCUCCUUUUCCGCCACCAUCGACGUCGCGCUCGCCAUCUACGGGCUCGGGUACGGGUACGGGUACUACGCCAGGCCGAUCCGUCGACAGCCAAAAAGCACAGCGACGACAAAUAAACGACACCGUCGCCGUGGCAGAGCUAUGGGUUUUGUAGGCUUGCAUUAGCUUCUUGCACAAUCCAUUGCUUUUGCCCCGACUUGCCUGGCCUCGCCCUUGGACGCUGUCCGAAGUCUCUCCUAGGUGUGCCUCUGCGUGCUACUGCGCCAGAUUUGCCUCGCACGCGGUGAACCCCCGUCCUCUCACCACCACGACUACAGCAUUGCCUUUUUUAAUUGUGGCUGUGUGAUAUUCUCUCAUAUACAACUACCAGGCGGUUAUUUGCCCGAAUUAGCUCCGUCAUCAUGGCUGCCACAGAACUCCCGCCGUUGUCGUUUGACGAUGGCGGCCUGCGCAUUGUCUUGACCUCCUCUCAAGACCAAGAAUCACAACCUACGCGACCGCAUGCCGAACUGGAAGGCGCCGGAAGUAGCAUUGGUAGCAGCAGCCAUCGGCCGGUAACAGACUCACAACGAUCGUCCAACAUUCCGACACACCCCAUCCCCUCAUUUCAGCACGCCUUCGCCGAAUCGCUAGAAGAGGUCACCACAGCCGGUGGUGUCCAUAAGCCGAAGCUGCGUGGCCUCGACGCUCGAGCCCGCCGAGAGCUACUCCUUAGUCAAGGACGACAAGACGAGCCGUUUGAUGUCAAGUGGCGCUAUAGAGCUGGGCAGACGCAGCAUGAAAUCAUCAAGCUGCUUGCGCAAAUCUCGUUUGGUGUCUAUCUCAUGCUGAAUGGCAUGGCCAACAGUACGGCUCAGGUCAUCACUAUCCUCCAAGGCCACAUUGAUGAAGUGGAUGAGUUCUUGGAGGUUGCCCUGGAGGACCAAGAUCAGGCCAUUGAAGAUUUGAAGAAGCGUAUUAACCACCUCAAGCUCCCAAUGGCCAACAUGGAGGUCUUUGAGCAGCUGCUCACGGACCGCAAGUUCAGAAACGAAAUUCUCGACGGAAAUGAAAAGAUUGAUGCCAUUCUAGACAGAACCAACGUUGCUGUUCGUCAAUGGGAUGACGACAUUGAGUCGGGUCUUCGAAGCAGUGCCGUAUUUGCCAAGUGGUUACAAGAACAAGACACCGGUGAUUGGCACGCGGAGCACCCCGAGCUGGUGGACGUCUUUGAUGCGAUGAAGGGCAACACGGAUGGCUGGAUCACCGCCUUUGAGGACAUGAACAACAAAGCACAAGAUAUUAAUGAUCUCAUUGUGACUCUGAUGAACAUUGUCACGGAGAUGGAGGCCAAGGCUGGUGAAGUCAGUCGCAAGUUUCCCGAAUCAGCGCAAACCUACUCCAGCACCCCCAACAGUUCGUUGCAGCCUACUAGCGCCCAAACACAAUCGCUUUCGCCCGUGCCGACGCUCCCCUCAAACCCACAUUCGUCAACUGGUAGUUCACCAUCACCCCCAAACCCCUUCUUAGACCCCAUCAAAGUAGCCGACGACGACGAUGACAGCUUCUUCCCCCUUCCUGGUCUGCUACCGCUGUUACCCCCUUCCAGAGCGACAACUCGACAGCAACCAAGUCCUGUGUCGACACAAACGACAAAUGCAACACCCGAACCAACCGAGCCUACAUUAGUGGAGGGUCAAGUCUCGUCGUUUGCAGCGUCACCGGCACCAGCGGGCGAACCUGUCGUCGCAUCUGCAUCAGAGGAGAAGAAGCCCGAAGAAGAAGAAGACGAGGUCGAUGAAGGCGACAUCAAGCCCAAGCCGUAUCGUGAAAGCCAUUCAAGUACCUAUCUUCUACAGCCCCGAACAUAUGUUCCUGCACCAAAGGUACCAAAGGUACCAAAGGUACCAAAAGUUCCAAAAGUUCCAAAGGCGGCUGCCGAGCCAGAGGAUACCAGCGCCAAGUCACCAACUUCUCAGGUGGUGCAGUCCCCAGCGACGGAGACACCUCUGUCCGAAACAUUGCCCUUUGCAGAUACAGGUUCCACGGUGACGUCUCCGACCACUGAUGUGCGAGCACCCGCCACUUCGCCGGUUCCCAAGAGCGCGUCACCAGCGCCCUCGUCUUCUGCAUCACAGAUAUCUGCGCGUGCCACCCCUGUCGCAGCAUCGGUUCGCUCCGUUCAACUUGGUGUUACGCAGGCCGUUUCUAUUCAGCGAGCAAUCCCAGUUGUCUUAACCGACUCGCAAUCAUCGGGUGUUGGCAUGGAACAGAGCCUUGCCUUGCGCGAGCGCUCCUCCAACCCUCCUGAUGCGAUCCGUAUCCCCCCUCGUUCUGUACCACAGAGCCCUAUGAAUGGCCUAUCACCCAACUACGCCGGACCAAAGACUGCAAGCGCCACCAUGUACCACCCAGCGCGCAUUUCCGAUGGGGAUGCGCACGCCGCGCUCCGAGUGGCAUCCGACUCCCCAGAGCUGGUAUCACCCCAACCGCAGCUUGUUCCUUCACCACACUCGGAGCACAAUUAUUACCGCCCUGUGCAAGCCUCUCCUCACUCACCUUUGCAGCAGCGCCCGUCAACUGCCGCACCGUCCAAUCAUGGUGUAGCUGAACGUCCUGCCAUGUACAGAAACCAGCCAUCGCAGCUCGGCGCCAUGAGCAUAAUGAGCAACUCGACCAUGGGCACUGUGUACGAUGAUCAGUUCGCCCCACGAGCGGAUUCGAGGACUAGCGAGAGGCAGCUCAAGAAGAAGAAGAGCACCUUUGGCUGGCUCAAAAAGGCCUUUACCAUGGACGAAGACGAGCGUGCUGCUUUUGAGUCGCGCCGCGGCAUGCAAAACCAGCAGCCUGCAUAUUACGAUCCCAACCAGCCUCGCUUUUUGGAUGGACGUCGCAUUCGAUAGAAUGGUUUAUUCUCAUUAUUAUCAUGGAAAUAUGGCAUAUGGCCCUUGUGUUAGCGCUGGCUUUACAACUAUGCCUUUUGCCACGACUAUAACUUUGGCACUCCCCUCUCGUUAUUUCGCUUUUUAUUUCCUUAAACUAGUAUCUCUUGGGUAUUGAUUGUCAGGACCAGCAGCACAAAAGAAGAAUGCCUGGUACCUUGGACGCAGUCAAGUCGACUAGGAUAGCAUGGGCGGCGCUUUUGAUUUGGAAACCACAGGUUCCACAGCGAGCCGAAUGAAUCAGCGAUCUGCUCGUUCGUGUCUUUUGCACAUUUUCUUGCUUACUUUUAUAUACCACAUCCAUCACAGGCUCUUAUUCUUAGCAAGUUCUUGUCUAUUUAAUAAAUAUGACUAAAUAUUAU